GAUGACCCUUCAGAUUGAACAAGCCCUUCCGGCUUUCAUGCCGGCUCCUAAAAAGAAACGUGGAAACGUGGAGAAAGCCCAUUGUCUUGGGUUGCGUGCGUCGGACGAAUUGGAGUCGCGCGUGGUCGCUUUGAUCUGCAGCUCACCCGCAUGCGAUGCCUGCGACACACGCGUCAUAAACUCCAACCUCCUCAACCCCACGCUCGAGAUCGGCGAGAAUGCCGCUUCCAUCGUUGCAUCAACUCCCUUCGGUAGUCCAUUUACCGAGCUUGAUACCGCAAGCUUCCCCUCAUUGUUUCCCCAUGUAAUUGAAUUAGUUCCCGUGUUGCCCCCUCUUCCCCACGGGGUAACGGAAAUCCUACUAAAAAGGUAGCUUUAUACCAGAAAGGUUCCGUCUUCCUGUGCUACCUUGUUUUGUUCCCUCGUGUGUUUGAGCUCUUCAAGGUCAUCCCAACCUUUCACUCAUCGUCUUCCCCCGUGCCAUACCAUCGACGACCCCCGGAGGAUAUAAAUCGAGACCAGAAGCUCUCACCGGCACCAUGGAGACCAACAAGCCCAGCGUAGAACAGGAUGAGAAUACUGUAAAGGGCGAGACCGAGAGUGUCGUGAAGCCCACGGCCUCGAACCCGACUCCCGUGGAAUGGGCUCAACACUUCACAAGCCAGGAUGAGGCCUGGCAUAAGGCCAUGGACAAGACUCUCCUACGUCGUGUAGACCGGCGUCUCAUGCCGACACUUGUAGUCAUGUACCUUCUCAACUUCCUCGACCGCUCCAACCUAGCUCAAGCCCGCCAGGGCACCCUCGAACGGGACCUAGGCAUGACAGGAACCGACUUCAACCUCGCCACCUCAAUCUUCUUCGUCGGCUACCUCCUGAUGCAGCUGCCCUCCAACCUCUUGCUCACAAAAGUCAAACCCUCCUUCUACCUCGCCGCCUCCUGCUGCCUCUGGGGCGUCGUCUCGACCUGCAACGCCGCCGCCGACUCCUUCACGCACCUCAUCAUCAUCCGCUUCUUCCUCGGCUUCGUCGAGGCCCCCUUUUUCCCGGGCGCCGUCUUCCUCAUGUCCUCGUGGUACACUCGCGCCGAGCUCACCCGCCGCAUCGCCUACCUCUACGCCGGCAACGCCCUUGCUAACAUGUUUGGCGGGCUCCUCGGCGCGGGCAUCCUCGGCGGUCUGGAGGGGGAUUUGGGGAUCGCGGGGUGGAGGUGGUUAUUCAUCAUUGAAGGCGUAGCAGCCAUCGCAUUCUCCCUCGUCGCAAUGUGGAUCCUCCCAGACUACCCUCACACGACCAAGUGGCUCUCGGAGGAGGAGCGCGCCUACGCCGCCUGGCGCCUCAUCGAGGACAUCCAGGAGGCCGACACGUACGGCGAGCAGAGCGUCCUCGACGGCGUCAAGAUGGCAGUGCGCGACUACCGUCUCUACAUCUUUGUCCUGAUGCAGCACGUCUCCCUCAUCUCGCAGACGUUUCAGUACUUUUUCCCGACCAUUGUCGGCACGCUGGGCUACGGCAAGAUCACGACGCUUUGGCUGACUGCGCCCGCGUGGGCCGCGACGUUCCUCAUCUCGCUCUGCGUAACUUGGUCCUCCGCAAAGACAAAAGACCGUUCUCUUCAUAUUGUAUGCCUAACGCUCGUCUCGGCCACUGGGAACGCCAUCGCCACCGGCUCGAGCAACCUCGGCGCGCGGUACUUUGCCAUGUUCCUCAUGCCCAUGGGCGCCAUCUCCGCAUAUCAAAUCAUCGUCUCCUGGGUAGCAAACUCCUUCCCCCGACCACUCGUCAAGCGGUCAGCCUGCAUCGCCAUCGCUAACAUGAUUGGCAACACGGCAACAAUCUACGGGUCUUACAUGUACCCCAGCAGCACGGGACCCCAAUACGUCCCCGGCGGUAGCGCCAACACGGCAAUCUGCGUCCUCGUCGCCAUCCUCGCCCUCGUCCUCCGCUACCUGCACAAGUGGGAGAAUAAGAAGCUCGAAAAGGCGGAGCUCGACGACGCCGCCGCGCUGGCAGAGGGAGGCGGCGAGAAGGCCGCGCCCGUCGAUCUGAAGCAGGAGAGGAGGGCUGCCGGGUUCAGGUACAUCUACUGA